UAAGGAGGUGUUACUACCAGCGGUCGGCUAAUUUUUGCCAGGAAGGACACUUUGGACAUUAGUUCAUCGCUGUGAGCUGAGCUGUUUUAUUAUUCCAUGAAACAUGACAGGGGAAACCACUCGAGGGUUAAGGUUGUGUUUGCAUCACAUGGCUCUGCUCCGAAGAUGCCCACCUCUCCGCUCUACACUCCAAACAACCAGAUCCUUCACUUCACUCAGGGAAGGGAAGCACAGAGGGCUGGUAUGGAAGACGCUUGUCGGCGUCUCUGUGGGCGUACCUGUGGCAGUGGGCGUAAAGUACGCCGUGUCCGAACCCAGAGACCGGAGGAAGAUGAGGAUCAUCAUUGAAGGAUUCGGUCGCUUCUGCAGAGCUCUCUCUGUGGGAAUCUUUAUCUCUGUGGAUUACUGGUGGACCACCAACGUGGCUCUUCGGGGCCAAGAUGAGAGCAGCCCAUCAUACACGGCCGAGAUGUCGGCGUGCCACCAGAGGGCAGCAGAGUGCAUGGUGGAAGGAGCUGUGAGGAACGGAGGGAUAUACAUCAAGCUCGGCCAAGGUCUGUGUUCCUUCAACCACCUCCUGCCCCCCGAGUACAUCCGCACGCUGCAGGUGCUUGAAGACAAGGCCUUGAACAGGAGGUACAAAGAGGUGGACGCUCUCUUCCAAGAAGACUUCAACAAAAGCCCGGAGCAGCUCUUUAAAACCUUCGACCACGAGCCCAUCGCUGCUGCCAGCUUGGCCCAGGUUCAUAAAGCUCAGCUGUUUGACGGGACGCCUGUCGCUGUGAAGGUUCAGUACAUCGACCUCAGGGAUCGGUUUGACGGGGACAUCAGAACAUUAGAGAUCCUGCUGGACGUUGUCAAGUUCAUGCACCCCAGCUUUGGAUUCCGAUGGGUUCUCAAGGACUUGAAGGGCACUUUGGCUCAAGAGCUGGACUUUGAGAACGAGGCCAGGAAUUCAGAGCGGUGCGCAGAAGAGCUCAAACACUUCAGUUUUGUCGUUAUACCCAAGGUCUUCUGGGAGCAAACCAGUAAGAGAGUUUUGACCGCAGAGUUUUGCAACGGAUGCAAAAUCAACAAUGUGGAAGAAAUUAAAAGACAAGGAUUAAGUCUGAAAGAUACUGCAGAUAAACUGAUCCGAACAUUUGCAGAGCAAAUUUUCUACACCGGUUUCAUCCACGCAGACCCUCAUCCUGGAAACAUUCUAGUGAGACGAGGUCCUGAUAACAAGGCGGAGCUGGUGCUGUUGGAUCACGGCCUGUACGAAUACCUCAGUCAGCGAGACAGAGUGGCCCUUUGUAAGCUGUGGCGGUCCAUAGUCCUGAGAGACGAAGCAGCGAUGGAGAGGUACUCCAAAGCGCUCGGCAUCAAAGAGUACUUCCUGUUCUGCGAAAUGCUGCUGCAGCGUCCCAUCAACAUGCGUGAGCUGGGCCUGUCCAACAUCCUGAGUCGAGAGGAGACCACCUACAUGCGCGAGAUGGCCAGCAACCGGUUCGACAGCAUCAUGCAGGUGCUGAAGGCGAUGCCUCGACCCAUGCUGCUCGUGUUCCGCAACGUCAACACGGUCCGAAGCAUCAACAUCACGCUGGGAGCGCCGGUGGACCGUUACUUCGUCAUGGCCAAGAGCGCCGUUAGAGGCUGGGGGAAGAUCCAGGCGGAGACGGCGGGCAUCCUGCCGCGGCUCUGGCUCUUCCGCUGGGUGAGGACAACGUGGGAGGGCCUCAAGUUUGAGCUGGCUUUGAGGUGGGAGAUGGCGUCGAUGAGCGUGACGCGCUCCUUCCUGAGCCUGCUGUCGUACUUCGGUCUCAUAUCUCUGGACGCAGACGUGUACGAGUACCUGAGGUAGUGCACGGACUCGUCACACGCUAUUGAGGACCUGAUCCACGCACAAGUUAAUGCAAAACAGCAGCGGGGGGGCCUUUUCACGACUGUAGCAGCUCCUGAGGCUCCUGCUCGAAACGGUGCUGCUCGACGGCGCGCUCGAUUUCCACACCAAAUCAUCCCGGUCUCACUUUCACACACAACUUCCUCACAAUGAGAGUGAACUGCAGAACGGUCAAAAACCAAACCCACUCCAGCAUAAACUCGCUUAGUCUCACUAGCUAACAGCAUAUUUUAACCUUUUAAUGAUAUAUUUUUUUGAUAUUUAUAUCUUGUCUUAGUGGAUUCUCAGUACAGAAAGUGGCGUUGAAUUUCAAGUUUUAGGAGUUUUAAGGAGACGUUCAUUCUAUCAGACAAUAUUUUCAAGCAGCGUCCUGAAAAAAGCAACGCAUCAAACCGCGUCCCCGAGCAAACGUGGAAUAACUGUACCUUUACUAUUAACCCUUCAUAAGCUGCCGUUCACGAGUGUUUUAAACCUAGAGCUCCGAGCAAAAUUAGUGAUUUCUGUCAAAAACAUGGGGGAAAAAAGCUGUGAGCAAGUUUGUAAGAAAUGUUACACAAAUUGCAAG